UUCGUCAGUGUGUAUCCAAUUCUGAGCCUUCUCAUCUCUUACAAUCGCAUCUCUCGACGCAUUCUCUUCGACGUUAGAAAUGGCCAACUUCGGUGUGUCAUCUGACGUGACGGGUACCUUGGUAGGCAAUACCGCUUCCAUCGGCGGAAACUCCUAUGCUGCCUUCAUACCAGCUAACUCUGCCGGUUAUCCCGCCUCGUCUGCUGGCUAUGCUCCACCCGAUUACGGGGCUGUGUCAGGAGCUGGUUACGCCGGGCCCGACGACUACGACGCCUUUUUCGUUCCGGCACUUCCCAAAACAGACCUUCACAUCACAGGGAAACUUCCCUUCUUGCUGGGGGCCACUUCGGUUGGCUUUCUCAUCGCCAUUCUCGUCCUGGUCGCCAAAGCAGCCGAAGAGGGGUCCUUGGAUGCUCCGAAGAAAAAUAAAGAUAAAGUGAAGGACGAGAUGCCGGUCCCGGUCUCGAUCCCGAUCCCGGCUGCCACCCAUAGCAGUCAAUACGAUAACUACGUGAGGAGGAAGCGAGCCGUGGAUGCCAGCCCCUACCAAUCGGAAGCACAUCUGGCCCGACUCACCUCCAUCGUUCUGGCUGCUCUGCAGAGUCAAGAAUGUCAGCAGCGAAUGUACUGCGAGAUGGGUUCCACCUUGAAGACUUACGGGGCCGAUCGAGGCAUCGUCUUCACGUUGAUGGAUAUGCUGGCCCCCGUAAGCAUGAAGGACUCGGUGAAGAAGAUCGUAUCGGCCGCCAACGGAACUGCAGAGUGCGCUACAUACAAAUGCGGUUCUGAGAAGUGAUCAUGCCGGCACCACAAAUUUCUCAAUAUUGACGCAAUCGUCUCGGUUAUUCUAUAUCCUUGUCACUAGUCACAAAUCCUACGUCCCUUCUAUAAUCAAUCCCUAUUAGGUAGACACAUAUAUACGCUCGAAUAAAGAAAUGGACGUCUUUAUCAUAA